AAGACUAUCGGGUGCCGACGCUGCGAAUGCAUAAACUGAUGGGAGAGAAGCGGCCCAAUCCGUGCUGGUGGCUGCUGGCCACCGCCGGCGGCUUGUUUGUCGUGUCAGCCCUCACGUUUGCCUGUUACUUGACCCUUCGUUGUACAGGAUUGUUCGAAUACCGGCCGGAAAUCGCACCACGGCCCGAUCGCCCUGGUUCGCAGGAUGACGAUCACCAAUCGCUGGCCUUCUUUCAGACCGAAGGCUACGAAGUGGUGAAGCGAUCGUUGGAGCUCCUCGAGUAUAUGGAGCAGCUGGAACCGCUGCUGGACGAAGAUCGGCGUCAGCGCCGGGACGCACAGAACCUUCCGAAUCGGAUCGAGCGCAAACGUGACGGCUCGGAAGAGGUUGUGUACGGGGUGCGAAGGCGCGCCCAGCGGGAGCAAGACUUGGGCACGCUACCGAUCGUGUACGUGGGCAGUGCCACCCGGGAAGCGGAACCACAAUCGAACAGUAUCUCCCGCCAGAAGCGUCGCGCCGUCGACUUGGCGGAUGAUCGCGAGCGAGUGGAGCGCAACGCACAGCAGGACUAUCAACGGCUGGAGCGAGAGUACAAUCGCUGCCGAAAGGCGGCCCCUAAUGGGAAGAUCUGCGACCAAAUCUACGAUAAGCUGCAGCGGCUCUCGGAGGAGGUGAACGCACGCUUCUUGGAAAUGGCCAACCUGCUGCAGGGCAUCCAGGAAGCGGAAACGAGUUCUGGAAAAACGGUCCCACCGUAUCCGGCGGUGUUUUUCUCUACCGCGCCACCUACGGAGUCCAGCUAUCAGACGUCCGCCGCCGACGCCUCGACCGAGCAAUCGUCAAUGUAUGACACUUCCACCAAGAAAGGGGCCUCGAAUCCGCGGAUCGCACAGUACGAUCCUAAGAAGCACCGACCGAUCGAGAACAGUUCCAUCCACAGCCUGGAAGAUUUGUUCGCUCACAUGUGGAAAGGGAUGUCCUCCUCAACAACCUCCUCAAUGGUCACAACGGAUGUGGAUUCAACCACCGAACAGAGUACGACCCCGACCGAGAACCCAGCUUCGUACGUCAGCAGCACCACGGGCACAACAAAGUCCAACCGGUGGACGUCAACAAAAAGUCCGCUCCCUUCGGCCCGUAACCUCCACGAUGUAGUCAAUCAGCUGCAGCUAGCCCAGAUGCUGCAACCACAUCCGUUUCACGAGGAUAUGGUCCAACUACCGCAGCCACCGGCCAGUAUCGAUGAGUUCGUCAUGACAAGAUCACGCAAUCGCGAUCACAAUCACCACGAUCAUCACUUUGCAGCCGACCUGGAACCCGUGGAACCAGUGGACGUGGAAACCUCGGGACAAGAUUCUUCGCGCUCUAGCCACCAUCACCAGCAGCAUCAGCAACCGUCGCCGUUGCUCGUCGGUCCCAGUGCACCGUUCCUGAGUCUGUGCGAUCAGGUGCGCUCGGCCAACGGUGAUGGUGGUGGCGGAGGUGGGCUCACUAGACCGGGGCAAAGCCAAGGCCAUGGGUUCCAGCAUGCCGGUAGCCUGGCACCGGGCAUCCCGAUCACCGGCGAAGCCACGAAAGCUUCCUCGCAGAUCAUCGUCAACUCGGGGUACGCCGGUCCAGCUACGGCCUACAUGCCGAACCCGGUCUGUUUCUACCACAGCGGUCCGCCGACCAACGUGCCGUAUCCGUUCCGGCCGGCGGCGUCCACCAGCUACCCGACCUACGCCAACGGGGGUUACCCGUCGGUCGUCUACCAGCAGCCCAGCGCCCAGCAUUCGGGCGCCGGAGGUAAGCUUCCGCUGAAUGAUCCGACGAUCGAAGCCCUGAUCCAUCCUCGCUUCGCCGAAGCCACCAUCCACAUGCCUGUGAGCAUCCACAACCUCCAGCACAGCGGAGCGCGAGAUGGAGCGGCGGCCCCCAGCGCCGGACACGGCACGAUGCUGCUCUGUUCCCUGGUCCAGAGCGAUCACCGGUCUGUCCCCGAACAGGACCAGGCAUAUCCUAAGCAUCCACACGGCCACCGACAGCAACACGACAACGAGACGGACACCGCGGCGGACAGUGCCGAGCUGGCGUCAAUGUUUGCCGCCGGCCACUCGUCGGCGGCCCGGGCCAAGGGCCGCCAGCACUGCCGCCGGGGCUCGGUAUCGUGCUUCAGCUCACACCAGUGCGUGAAGCGAUCGGCCUGGUGCGACUCCAAGACCGACUGCAUGGACGGAAGCGACGAGAGUGCCUGUUCCUGCGUUUCGAGACUCCCGCGGCGCAAACUCUGCGAUGGGUACGCCGACUGUCCGCUCGGGAUGGACGAGAUGGGGUGCUUCGGGUGUGACAAGUUUGCGUUCUCCUGCUUCCACACGGCCGACGAGGCCGGUGUCCACGGUGGCGGACAGCAGUGCUACUCGCUGCGUGAACGGUGCGACGGUUUCGAUCACUGUCUGAACCGGAAGGACGAGCAGGACUGUUCGAUGCUGGUGCGCGACCUGGGUCACUACCUGGCGUACUCGGUGCCACACACGAGCGGCGUCCUGCACCGGAACCACCGGGGCAAGUGGUACCCGGUGUGCCGGAACGCCGUCCGCUGGGCACGGGAAGCGUGCGAAGCGGAAGUUGGCCCCCUGGACCGGGAACCACAGCUGAGCCACGGCCACGGCAGUCUCCCGGGGCCGUACAUUAGUCCAGCCAGCCCGCAGCCCGAGUUCAGCGACGGGUGCAACGGGGUGUACGUGCACGUCAAGUGUCCACCGGUUCGCUGCGGGACAAGCAAACUGCACGAACGCCAGUCGGCCCGGAUCCGGGUGCGAUCGGCGAGCGACAACGCGACCGGAACCCCGGACGAGGAGCUCGUCGAGAGU